CCAAACUCCCGCCCUGCCUCCUAGUCUCCUCACCGUGAGGGUCCCCCGUGCGCCCCGGCGCCCCGUCCCGGCGCCCGCCCCGCCCCUGCGGGGUCCGCAGCCCCUCCGGGAGCAGGUGUCCCGCCCGCCCGCUGGAGCGGCUCAGUUCUCGAACAGUUCCCGCCGGGACCGAGCCCAGCUCGAAUCCAAGGCUCUGCGCUUCCCGGGCAUCCUGGGCUGCCCGGCGCCGGCGUUCGGAGGAGACCCGCCUCGGGCUCGGCCACCGGCGUCCAUGACCGAGCCCCGGUGAGCGGCCGGCCCGCGGGUCCAGCUGCCCGUCCACAAAGCAGGGGACCUGAGACCCCAGGGGCCCUGACUGUCCUCUGCCCUGGGGUCCAGCGACACGCCAGGACCUGCAGGAUGCCUCUCUUCUUCCGAAAGCGGAAGCCCAGCGAGGAGGCCCGGAAACGCCUGGAAUACCAGAUGUGUCUGGCCAAAGAAGCGGGGGCCGAUGACAUUCUUGACAUCUCGAAGUGUGAGCUCUCGGAGAUUCCAUUCGGGGCCUUUGCGACGUGCAAGGUUCUGCAGAAGAAGGUGCUAAUUGUCCACACGAAUCACCUCAGCGCUCUGCUCCCAAAAUCCUGCAGCCUCCUGAGCCUCGCGACCAUCAAGGUCCUGGACCUUCACGACAACCAGCUGACAGUCCUUCCGGAAGAUCUAGGGCAGCUGACGGCCCUCCAGGUACUAAACGUGGAAAGGAACCAACUGACGUCGCUCCCACGCUCCACGGGGCGCCUGGCCCAGCUCCAGACGCUCAACGUGAAAGACAACAGGCUCCGGGAGCUGCCCGACACGCUGGGGGAGCUUCGCAGCCUGCGGACCCUGGACGUCAGCGAGAACCCGCUGCAGAGGCUGCCCCCGGUGCUGGCGCACGUCCGCACCCUGGAGACGCUGAGCCUCAGUGCCGCGAGCAUGGUCUUCCCGCCGCCGGAGGUGUGCAGUGCCGGCACCGCGGCCGUCCAGCAGUUCCUCUGCAAAGAGUCGGGGCUGGACUACUACCCGCCCUCCCAGUACUUGCUGCCUGUCCUGGAGCAGGACGGCGCCGAGGACUCCGGGGACUGUCCCGAUGGGCCCAUGGCUCGAUUCUCCCAGGAGGAGCUCGAGUGGCAGAACAGGCUCUCGGACUACGAGAAGAGGAAGGAGCAGAAGGCACUGGAGAAGCUGGAGUUCGAGCGGCGCCUGGACCUGGGGCAGCGCCAGUACAUGCGGCUCCUGCAGGAGAGCCACAGCCAGAAGGACGAGAUCCUGCAGACCGUCAAGGAGGAGCAGUCGCGGCUGGAGCAGGGCCUGAGCGAGCACCAGCGCUACCUGGACGCGGAGCGGCAGCGGCUGCAGGAGCAGCUGAAGCAGGCGGAGCUGGACAUCUCCGGCCGGGUCCAGGCGCUCCUGCAGGAGAACCAGAGGCAGAAGAAGAGCUCUGAGAUUCUGAAGUCGCUGGAGAAUGAAAGAAUAAGAAUGGAGCAGCUGAUGGCCAUAACCCAGGAGGAGACGGAGAACCUGCGGCGACGGGAGAUUGCCUCCGCCAUGCAGCAGAUGCUGGCCGAGAGCUGCAGGAACCAGCUCCUGCAGGUGGCCUACGAGUCCCAGAGGCAGAGCCUGGUGCAGCAGACCUGUUCCAGCAUGGCCGAAAUGGACGAGCGGUUCCAGCAGCUUCUGUCGUGGCAGCAGAUGGACCAGAACAAAGCGAUCAGCCAGAUCCUGCAAGAGAGUGCCAUGCAGCGGGCCGCCUUUGAGGCCCUGCAGGUGAAGAAGGACCUUGCGCACCGGCAGAUCCGGCACCAGAUUAAGUUAAUAGAGACUGAGUUACUGCAGCUGACACAGCUGGAGUUAAAGAGGAAAUCCCUGGACACAGAGGCACUGCAGGAGAUGGUCUCGGAGCAGCGCUGGGCCCUCAGCAACCUGCUGCAGCAGCUGCUCAAGGAGAAGCAGCAGCGCGAGGAGGAGCUGCGGGCCAUCCUGGUGGAGCUCGAAGCCAAGAGCGAGACCAAGCAGGAGAACUACUGGCUGAUCCAGUACCAGCGGCUCCUGGACCACAAGCCCCUGUCCCUGCGGCUGCAGGAGGAAGGCCUGGAGGGCCCGCUGGUGGCCCUGCUCCGGGAGCUGUCGGCCGAGCACUACCUGCCCGUCUUCGCCCACCACCGCCUGUCGCUGGAGCUGCUGGGCCGGAUGAGCCCCGGAGACCUGGCCAAGGUGGGCGUCUCGGAGACCGGCCUCCAGCACGAGAUCCUGCGGCGAGCCCGGGAGCUGCUGGAGGCGGCCAGGGCCCAGCCAGAGCCGCUGAAACCACCCAAGGAUGAGCCUCCCACCGCCCCCGAGGAGCCCCCUGAGUCCACGAGGCCCUCUGCGCCCCCCCAGGAGCUGGAGGUGCCGACCUCAGAGUGUGUGGUGUGCCUGGAGAGAGAGGCGCAGAUGAUCUUCCUCCACUGCGGCCACGUGUGCUGCUGCCAGGAGUGCUGCGAGCCGCUGCGCACGUGCCCGCUGUGCCGCCAGGACAUCGCCCAGCGCCUGCGCAUCUACCACAGCUGCUGAGCCCGCCCCAGCGCCGCCGCGCAGUGCGCCUGCGCGUCUCUCCCACCGCGGGGGGCCGACUCUGCCCUCAGCGCCUGCACCUGCCGCGCGAAGACUCCUGCGCCUGCGCGUUCCUCCCCGCCCCGGUGCCUGACUCCGCCCCCAGCACCUCGCACGUGCCCGACGUGCUGCCGGAGACGCCUGCGCCUGCGCAUUUAUCGCCGCUUAGGGGCCUGACUCCGCCCCCGGCCCCGCCCCCAGCGCUGCGCACGUGCCCUCUGUGCGGCCCGGUACACCUGCGCCUGCCCGUCUCUCAUCUCUGGCGGCACUAACUCCGCCCCCGGGCCCGCACGUGCCAGCUUUGCCGGCUGUGCCCUAGGAGCCGUGCCUCUGUCGCAGCAGCUGCGUGUCCACGCGUGGGGACGUCGCUUUCCGCAGGCCGGUCUCAGCCCCCAGCGUCCCGCCCGCGUGCCCGCCCACGGCGAGGCCGGACGCUGGUGGGGAGUGGUCCUGCCGCAGCCCGCGCUCGUCUGAACCCCAGGGAGGAGGAAGGAGCUCCUGGAGGUGGGCAGGCCUGGGCUCAGAAAGGUGACUACCCCGGGCCCUGCCGUAGCCUGCAGCUGCCUGCAGGGAUCGUCACAGGGGACCGGGCUGGGGUGCAGGAGGGGAGGUCGGGGGCGCCUUGUGCCGUGCACUGGGGACCGCCCGCGGGUCGCGCCCUCCUGGCCUCCCAGACCUCCUCCCCGUGUGGCUCUGGGACAGGCGGCGAACUUUGCAGACCCAGAGCCGGAGCCAUAAUAAACGCCCUCCCGGCCUGCGCCGCCCGCUCUCCGUGGGGGUGGCAGGGACGGCCCAGGAGACGGCUGCGCACUGCACAGUGCACAUCCUGCACGCGGGCUUUGAGCCUCGUCCCUGACAUUCGGAUGCACGUUCUGGGUUUUCUUAGGCUUAGGGCCGGGUGUGGGCUGACCCCAGGCGCCAGGGGCCGCCAGUGCCCAUCCCAGGGCGGCGCCCAGCUCGGGCUGGCUGAGAGGAAACCGCCGCCGGGCCUCAGUGUCCCUCCCUCUGCCGACUGAGGGUUGCUGGGGAGAGCCCUGCUCCCCAGCUGCCCCCCACGUCUCCCCAGGCCUGCGGUGGGCACGUGCCCGUAGACUCGCUCGGGCCCAGGGGAUGCCCAAGACCACCUAGGGAGUAGGUGUCUCCCGGCUCGCCCAGCCUGGCUUCCACCUCCCCCAGCGGCAAGACCUCGGGCAGUGGGCGUUGCUCCCCGGAGCCUGGGGAGGGUGGGUUGGCACAGGGUCCUCACUGCCCCCAGGGCUGACCAGGCCCCGUCCCUGCUGAUAGACGCACACAUACACCAUGCACAUGCGUCACUCUCCCCCGCAGCACCCGGGGUGCCGGCCGAGGCGCACGGUGGCCGCACGCAGUACUGGCUUUAAAUAAAGCAUUUAUUGAUUAAUGGAA